AUGACUGUCGGCGCCAAGGUCUCCUGGGGCAUCAACUUCCUUGCAUUUGCGCUCCUCUUGGUCUCGUGCAUUUCGGCACCCAUCAUCGACCACCUCUCGCUGGGCACCUUGCACACUCAGGACAGCAAGACGAUUCGCUAUGGUGUCAUGGGUUACUGCCAGACAGCAGGCAUUAACAAGUGUUCGGCAAAGCAUCUGGGAUACUCCAUCUCCGACACUGUCACCACCUCCAACGGCAAUGGAACCGUCAUCGCUCCAGCCCUGGACCACUUGACCUACGGUCUGGUAAUGCACCCCAUCGCCACCGGCCUCGCCGGCCUCGCGUUCAUCAUCGCCCUCGCCUCUGACCGCAUCGGCUUCUUCUUCUCGGCCUGUGCCGGCGGCUUUGCCUUCCUCGCCUCCGUCAUCGCCAUGGCCAUUGACCUCUCCCUCUUCGGCCAGAUCAUCUCCAAGACCAAGAAGGCCCAGGCCGUCUACAAGAACCAGUCGGCAUCCUAUGGCGUGGCCACUUGGCUCACCGUUAUCGCCACUGCCCUUCUGUUCAUCGGCAUCUUUAUCAACCUCGGCGAAUGCAUCUGCGGCCGCCGCAAGCGCCGCGGCACUGCCUCGUACUAG